UAGAGCUCAAAUUGAAUGAUAUGUCUCACAAAAUGGUAUUCUUGAACAUAUAUAGGGCCCCAAAUUCAAAUUUUGAAGUGUUCAUCGAGCUUCUCAGGUCAGUCCUUUCUAGAGUCAUAAGAGAGAGGAGGAAAUUGGUUUGCCUUUGCGGCGAUUUCAAUAUAGAUUUUCUUAAAGAAGAUAGAAAUAAAAAGUUAUUUGAGAAUCUAUUAUCCACAUUUAAAUUGAACAAGUUGACAGAUGGCCCGACACGUAUCACAAGAAAAACAGCAUCAGAAAUUGAUUAUAUUAUAUCCAAUUAUCCUCAAACUCUGUGUUCCAGCGAAAUAAUUCCCUGCUCAUUCACGGAUCAUGAGGGAAGUAGUGUUAAGUUUGGAUUAGAGAAACCAAAAUCAAAUUAUAAAAAAUAUGUUAAACCAAAAUGUGGGAAAAGGAAAUGUUUUCGUGUAAUUGAUACACCUAAUAUAAAUGCUCUAAAUGACGGGCUAUCAAAAGAGACUUGGCAUGCAGUAUAUGAUUCAAAUAAUGUUGAAAAUAUGUUUGACAAUUUCAUGAGCUCCUACAUUAACCAUUGCAACAGCUCAGUUCCAGAGAAAUCAGUUAGCAGGGAAAGAAAGAGAGAUCAGAUUCCCUGGAUUACUCCUGGCAUUAGAAUAUCCAGUGAUAGGAUGAAAACUCUGAAUUGUCUUGUUAAAACUCAAUAUUUUAAUGACUCUCUCAUUUAUAUCAAAACAAAUACAGGAUUUAGAUACCUUAGCUUUGAAAUAUAUUAUAAAAUUUACAAAAGUAUCUAUAAGAAAGUUUUGAAAGUUGCUAAAAAAAAGGCCGCCACUGCUUAUAUAAAAAAUUCUUCUAAUCAAGUUAGAGCUAUCUGGAAGUUUGUUAGGCUUGAAUCAGCGAAAAACCAGGAAUUAACCUCAGAUAUGUGCAUUGCUAAUGAAAUAGGGAAUAUCAAAAGAGGAAAAGAGGCUGCUGAUAUAUUGAACAAUUAUUUUAUUAAUGCACCAUUAAAAAUACAAAAUUCACUCCUAGAAAAAAAUGAUAUAUGGGAUUAUCGUUCAGUAUUCAAUAUGAAUCUUAAAAGUAAACAGAGGUUCUCAAUCUUUAAGCCUUUAAGUUGUGAAGAAUUAAAAGAAAUAAUUAAAUCCUUAAAAAAUAAAAAAUCCUGCGAUUGUUUCAAUAUAUCAAAUUUUCAAAAAUAAUUCCUACUUAUAAAAAAGGCAGAAAGGAGCUUCCAGAAAACCAUAGGCCUAUCGCUAACACUCCUGUUUUCCUAAAAAUCUAUGAAUAUGUAGUGCUUGAAAGAAUGAGAGAGUAUCUGAGUCAAAUAGGUUUGUUGUCAUCUAAUC